CCUGAACUGAGGUGCGGCCGGCACCCAGCCAUGACCCUGCGGGCGCGGGGCGCUCGACUGCUCGGAGGCCUUCUGCUCUUCGCUCUGCUCGCUGCCGGCGCCGCCCCGUUUAGCUGGGAUCUCCCGGAGCCCCGCAGCCGGGCCAGCAAGAUCCGAGUGCACCCGCGGGGCAAUCUCUGGGCCACCGGUCACUUCACGGGCAAGAAGAGUCUGGAGCCCCCCAGCCCAUCCCUAUUGGGGACAGCUCCCCACAUCUCCCUGAGGGACCAGAAACUGCAGCUGAGUCAUGAUCUGCUCAGGAUCCUCCUGCAAAAGAAAGCUCUGGGCAUGAGCCUCAGCGGCCCAGCACCUCACACCCAGGCCCCGCCCGGAACUGACAUCCCGGGAAUCCCUGAAUUUGCGUCUUGUUUCCAGGAGUGCUUAUCCGGAGAAUCCCGGACCUAG